AUGAUCCGAUUUGUUAACAGCUUCAACCAAAUCCAUUUCGGGAGGAUGUGCAAGUAUCCAAUUUGGCAACAUUGGGAUGUCUCAUACACAGAGAUUGGCACUGAAGAGAGUAGUAAGAGAUUUUCUAGACGUCGAAACAGUAUCUGGAUGAUAGCUUCGUCCUUGGCCAUUCUUGCUCUUCUUCUCGCAUACUCUGGAAGAUUAUACUAG